AUGUCCGGCUGCACAACAGUCCUCUUGUUAAUCCUCUUGCUCUUCUGUGUCAGGUUAUUUUCUGUCAUAUUCUCUUCCAGAUGUCUCAGGCUCCCCCCGGCGAACCCCACGGCUCGACAGACCUGCAGUAUUGCUAUUUUUCUUGGUUCAGGGGGGCAUACUAGUGAAGCACUGAAGAUGGCUUCUGCACUUGAUUUUAGCCGCUAUUCUCCCCGGAUUUAUAUAAUCAGCGAAGGGGACGCAUUUAGCGCACAGAAGGCUCUCGCCUUGGAGCACAUUAAGGCUACUACUGACCAUAGUUUUUCCGACGAUCAACCGCAGUAUAAGCUCUUGACUAUCCCCCGUGCGCGUCGCGUCCAUCAGUCACUGCUUAGCACACCGCCAGAUGCGGUCAAAUCACUACUAGCUUGCAUGUAUCUUGUCUCAGUUCGCCCAUUGUUCACGAAAGGAACUUUCCGGCAACCAUUAGCGGAUCUUCUGAUCCUCAAUGGCCCGGGAACAUGUGUCAUUCUAUGCGCAGCGGUUCUUCUGAAUAGGCUUAUCGGACUACCUAGCCCACGGGUGAUGUACGUUGAGUCUUUCGCCCGUGUCAAGUCUCUCUCACUUUCUGGAAAACUGCUCUAUCAUUUUGCCGAUCGUUUCGUGGUUCAGUGGCCAGAUCUUGUGCAGCCCGGCGGUCGAGAAGAUUACCGCGGAUGUCUUGUAUGA